CAGCGUGCUGAUUGGUCGGCCUGUCGCUCACUCUCAGUGAGGUCAGACUUUAGCAGGCAGAUGAGGAAGUCACACUGUUGUUGGAAGAAUCAUGAUUUUGUGUCUGCGCUGCUCUCCGAAUCAGUCCUGGGUUUUGUUAAGGGCUGACGUAACAACUGGAGGAAAAGCAGGGCAAACACCCCAGUCGUAAUCAGGAGCAAGAAAAAGAAUCACAACACAACAGCUGGCUAGAAGAAUAGGAUGAAGUAAGGUUGUGCAAUGUACCCUCUGUGAUGUCUUCCAUAUGUCCACAGGCCCAGCAGAUGAGUAAUCAUGCUGAAAGAAAUCCGAAUCACAGAGCAACCUGUGUGUGCCUGUGUUCCCCCGGACUUUCCCCUCACCCUACGGUGUCGGGCCCAAGGUCCCAGGAGGCUCCGUUAUCAGUGGUUUGUGCAGUCAGAGUCCACAGAUUCACAAGAAAUUCCAGGGGCCACCCUGCCUGACCUGCACAUCGAGGCCAGGCGAACACAACUGUACGUCUGUCGUAUAAAUGACCAGCAUCUCGUCUUGUUCAGCCACUGGGUGAAGGUGAAAGUGUUGAGAAACCUUCCUGAGGGCUGCCUCCCAUACGACUGGAAUGGCGAGCCUAUCAUAAUCACCAAUCCGGUCUCUGCACAUGUGAAAUCCCACAAACCUGCCAAGCUUCAGUGCAGUGCUUUGGGAAUACCAGCACCCGAAUACCAGUGGUACCGCAAUGGGCUCUGCCAGACUCAUGGAAGGGAGAUGCACAUCACGAUCAAGUCAUUGAAGCCUACAGACUGUGGCAGCUACCUGUGUUGUGUGUCUAAUGCCCAUGGGGAAAGGUGGAGUGAAGCUGCUGAACUAAGCAUAGAGGAAGACAUUAUUUUCCAGCAAACCCCACCACCUUCUGUAAGAGCAGGUUCAAAACCGUCCGAAAGAUACUUUGCGGCUGGGAAAGUUGCUUUGCUGAUUGGUAACAAUAGUUACAUCAGACAUCCCAAUCUCUUGGCCCCUAUGGUUGAUGUAUGUGAGCUGUCUGCACUCCUCAGAAAAUUGGGCUUCUGUGUAAUCUCACUUGUAGACUUGACUCGGGAAGAAAUGAUAACAGCAGUCCAUCAGUUUCUACAACUCCUGGACAGAGGGAUGUAUGGGCUAUUUUAUUAUGCUGGUCAUGGAUAUGAACGUUCUGGGAGGAACUACAUGGUCCCCAUUGAUGCUCCCCAACCAUACAGGCCUGAAAAUUGCAUCAGCGUACAAAGAAUACUGCAGAAGAUGCAAGAAAGAAGGACUGCCUUGAAUGUGGUUCUCCUAGAUACCUGCAGGAAGUGGUAUAAUUCUGACUGUGCAGUAUCUACAGUGACUCCUCUGAAGCCCCUAGGGAACACUGUUUAUGGAUAUGCCACGAGUGAGAAUGCAGAAGCCUAUGAAGUUCAAGAUGAGGAAUUCAGCUCUGGGAUUUUUAUGACAUAUCUGAAGAAGCACAUUCUGAAGGAAAAGAAAGUUACUCACAUGCUGGAGGAUGUUCUUGAAGACAUUGGCAAAGACCCUCUGGUAAUUGGCAAGCAAGUUAUGGAAAUACGGCACUCCCUCAAAGAGUGCAGAACUCUAACUGACAAGAUUUGCUGCUCAGCCAGUGAACCACUCGAUAGGACGGUGUGGGAUCACCGAAGCAAAAUCCCCAAACAAAUGGUAAAGUUCUCAUGCGGAGUUGAAGCGGAACUAAGAUUCAAAACUGUGUUCUCAAACCUCAUUCAUACUUUUGCAAAACUGACAAAUAUUCCUUCUCAUCUAACCGACAUCAAGAUUAUUCUUUACAAACCUUCCGACAUGGCAGAUCAAUCAAACGCAUGCAGACGUGACCCCUUAGAUUCUCUGGUGGCUCUGCAGGAUGAUGGUGAAGAAGCAGACUGCAUGCUCAGGCUUUCUAACCUUCAGAAAUGCCAGAAUGACAUCAUCAUAAAGCUCGAUCUGCAUUUCACAAAUCUUGAUGGUGCCAGAAUUCAGGAGAGUUUGGAGCAUGUGAUCCCCAAACCAUGGAUUGCUAAAUUAUUUAACAGGACAAAUCCACUGUGUUUCAUGAGAAGGCAUAAAGCUGAAGCUCCAGAGAGCAUGCCCACCAUGGAAACCCAGCUCACUACAGACUCCUUGGACUCGCAGCCUGGAGCACAUCUCAUAGAUGCUGGGGAAAUGCCCAUUAGUGGUCAAUCAAAAUCCAGCAGUGAGCCUGAAGAGAACGAUGAAAGUGAUAUAUUACCUAUCUAAUGAAGAAUGCAUUAGAACAUGAGGAAUUGUAUGUUAUACUUCCAUUCAGAAGCCGAUUCAUUUCUGGAUGGUCCUUUAGAGUUCACAGACUGCAAAGCUGCACAUGAAUUCAAAAGACGCUUUGUGACUUCAUUUGCAGAAGACCAAUAUUUUGUAUCUAUAAUUUACACAUUCAGAUGGUUGUUCUGAUUACUUCUCUCUAGGAGAGAUGGGAAAUAUUGUCAAUUUAUAACACUCUUAGCAAAGUUAAGAAAACAUAUAUUUCAGACUUGUAGCUAGAUUCAGUAAGAGUUAGGCCGGCGUAUCAGUAGAUACGCCGACCUAACUCGGAAUCUGCGGCGAC